AUGGCUGCUGCAACAACAUAUAACAAGGUUAGCGCUUCUGAAAUACCCAAUGACAUUGCUUUCUCUAUUCUCUCCAAAUUACCUCUUAAAUCUCUUAAACGGUUCACUUGUGUUCAAAAAUCAUGGUCUCUUUUAUUUCAAAACUCUCAUUUCAUGGAUAUGUUCCGCACCAAUUUCAUAUCCAAACAUGAUGAUGAUGAUGAUGUCAACACAUGUCUCCUCUUAAAGGAAAGGACAUUGGAAAUCGGAUUUGGAUAUCACGAUGCACUGUACAUACUUUCCACCGAUAGGUUUGAGGAUAGGGUUAAAUUAGAUUGGCCACCUUUUCUAGAGAAUGAUUCAUAUAUUGACAUUUUAGGUUCUUCUAGUGUUAAUGGCAUUAUUUGUAUCUACCAAGACUUAGCAUAUGGCUUUAAAACUGUAUUGUGGAACCCUGCUACCGGGGAAUUCAAGAUCGUUCCUCCAAGCAUUCAACCCUAUGGGGAUAUUGAGUUUAAUUUACGUCCCGAUGCAUUUGGUUAUGACAAUGUUAGAGAUGACUAUAAGGUGAUUCGGAAUGCCCGAUAUCCCGAUUCCUAUGAAGGUAAUUGGUAUGUUGUGCCGGAGAAGGAUAGUUGGUAUUGGGAUGGGAAUGAUGAUGAUAGUUUUUGGGACAUACUAAUAGAAGGUUUGUAUGACCCUUUCUGGGAGAUAUAUAGCCUAAAAAAUAACUCUUGGAGGAAACUCGAUGUGGCCGACAUGCCUGGUCCUUGGCCAUGUACUUCUCAGCUGAACUUGAACGGAUUAUGCCAUUGGUUAGGGUUAGAAUAUAAAGUGUGGUCGUUUGACUUUACCAAUGAGAAAUUCUUCGGAACAACUUUACCCUCAUAUUUUAAUUUUGAUGGGAUUCCUAAUACAUUUUUGAGCACAGACCUGUUGAUGUUAAAUGGUUGUGUUGCUUUCAUGUGUCAAUAUGUCGACAUGAAUUCUUGUCACAUAUGGGUUUUGGGUGAACUCGGUGUUAUGGAAUCGUGGACUAAACUCUUUGUUUUCGGACCCUUAACUUGUGUUGGGCAUUCUAUUGGAGCAGGGAAGAAGAAUGAUAUAUUCGUUAGAAAAGAUCAGCUAGCCCGAUAUAAUUUCAUUACCCAAAAGUUUGAGGAAGUUGCGGUUGCGGUUAACAUAGUGCAAGCAGUAAUUUAUAAGGAAGCCCUUCUUCCAAUUGAAGGAAUGAGUGAUUAAUUUUUUUUGUAGUCUAAUAUUUAUAUUACUAUACCUUUCAAGGGUGUGCUGAGUCUAUGAAUCUUUUAGAAAUAUGGUCAUGUACAAAAUUAACCUGACAGCUCUUCUUGAUUGAAAGUUGUACUUCUUGGAAUAGUUAAUGAGAUAUCUGUUUUGCUCCAAAAUUUUGAUCAAAACUUGUAAUUAUCUUAUUUGAUUUUGAAAGUAUUGUUUUCAAUGUUA